AGACACGCUGGGGAGAGGGGUGGGGGAAGAGUGUGUCUGCUUGUUUACACUGCACUUGGGUGAUUGUGCAACCAAAACAAAGACGAUGAGCAAGGCUGGCGUGUGCUAGAGAACGCUAAGCCGUGUGACAUGGCAAGCAAAGUAUUGGUGGAGGCGCCAACUUGGAUUUAAGGGAUGUUUAAGUAUCAGGAAGGCUCGCUUGGCUCGGAAAAGUUGUUGUUAUCUUUCAAGGUUAUGAUAUCACCAAGGACAUUGGUUGCUGGGUAGACACGGCAAGCUCCGUUGUCUUCUGUGCCUUGCUCACCUCUCCUGUGCACCCGAACUGGGGUGCGUUGAAAGGCCGCCACUAUGGCAGAUCCCUUGUAUUCUGGGGAUCUGUUCUUCGACAGUCCUCUAAUAAAACAAGAGCCUAUGACGGAUUCAGUAUGUGUGACAUCAGCCAGUGUACCAAUUCCCUCUCGUCGGGGCCUUGGCCUCCCUGACUACUUUGAGGACUCAUCUUAUCAGGCUCCAGAAUCAACAUCACUGCAAGAUUCAUCCAGCUACUGGGAUGCCAGCCACAUGGAUGAUGAUGACGACAUUUUUAAAGUUGUUGACAAGGCUGAUCUCAUUCAGGGACCUACCCUUGCUGAACUCAAUGCCAAUGAUGAAACAUUUCUCAGUGAUUUGAACUUUGAUGAUCUUCUCCUCCCUGAAGAGAGUUCCAAUUCCUUUGGUACUGGGUUAUUGAAUACUUCCAAAUCCAAUCUUUUGUCGCUAAAUCCUGCAGUGCAGGUUCAAGUUAGCGCUCACAGCUCGUUGUCUACUGUAUCACCUGCAGGAUCUGGACUCCUCCCAUCCUCCUUUCCCCCUGGAGGUAGUGUUUAUUAUCGAGAUGCAUUCAGUGUGUCUUCAAGUGUUCCUUCAAGUCCCAUGGACCCUUUUCUGUGUGGGGGUAGCAGUGGCAAUCCAUCAGGACUCUAUCAGGCAGCUCUAUCUCCAGCAAGUCACCACAGUUCAAAUUCAUCAUUGCUGCACCAUUCAGUAGGAUCAAGGUCGCCAGUGACACCGCCACCGCAGGCAGUGAGCCCCUUGCAGCAUAAGCAGAGUACACUCCAUGACCUGCUACUCCGCAAGGAAGCACUGUCUGCCUCUCCCGAUCGGCGCCUUUUAGGCCAGUCAGUUCCUGGCCCAAACUCUCCAUUGACCAAUCAAGCACCCACAGGAAUGUCCAUUUUAUCUUCAAGACGUUCGGGGGGUGGCAUGCUUGCUGGUUCAGGACCAGGUUCUGUUUCGCGCCUUUCAUCAUCUGCCCCCACUCAUCUUGGUCUAGACCACAUUUGGCAGCGCCGAGAACCGAGGCAGCAUUUGCUGUCAACAGGAUCUUUAGCAGAAGCAGGUUCUACAUCCUCUCUCUCUACUGGUGGAAUUCUUAGUCCUUCAUGUGACUUCUCUGACUCUGAAGAUAGUGACCAUUAUGAAGACGUAUCCUCUGAUGGAGAAUCAAGUGAUGUAGAUGGCUGUGGGCAACCAAGUCGAAGCAGUAUACACAAAAGAGAGCGGUUCUUUUGGCAGUACAAUGUGCAGGCUAAAGGGCCAAAAGGUCAACGAUUAAUAGUCAAAACACAGCAAGAAGAUCCUUACCACUUGAAUCGUGUGACUGAUCCUGUGUUCAGUCCUCAAUGCUCAAUGCAAGGCAUCAAACAUAGUGGAAAAGCACGAAAAGGUGAUGGUAAUGAUCUUACUCCAAAUCCCCGGAAAUUACAUACAAUUGGGCGAGAAUUAGAUAAACUAGGAAGAAUAAUUAAUGACAUGACUCCUGUAUCAGAGUUGCCAUUCAAUGUGCGCCCUAAAACAAGGAAGGAGAAGAACAAGCUUGCAUCAAGAGCCUGUCGACUGAAGAAAAAGGCUCAGCAUGAGGCAAACAAAAUAAAGUUGUAUGGUUUGGAGCAUGAGCAUAAACGCCUAUUUGGCGCCAUUCAACAUGUUCGUCAAGCUCUUGUUCGUAAAUUCAACUGUGACAGUGCGGAGAGUAUUGAUCUGUCAGCACAAAUUGAGGAAAUUAUCAGGCAUGCAACACGUAUCAAGAUAGCAGGGGAAACAACUGAUUUUGUGAACACUGUUCUUGAAAAAUUUAAGAAUGGUGUGCCUGAAGGGGGUCUAAAGGAUGUAUGAGUCUUACUCUGGUAGAGUAUGGGAUUAUACAUUCAGUGAUGGAUAAGAAGUGUAACAUCGAAGCCUGCGCAAGAGUUCUACAUACACUUCAUUUCCCUGGGUUUCUUCACUAUAUAUUAUUCAAGUCAGAUCUUGUGUUGAAGAUAUUAGACAUUGGAUUUGAAGUCUUUUAGUACUACAGAUUGAUUAUUAAACUACUGUGGCUGUGAGUUUUAAGACAAGUAAGGUAAGAAAAAGGCUGGAUCAUAUGAAAUAUGGUGAAACAAUUAUUUAUUAGCAGUGUUUUCAUCUGUUUUUCUGUACUGUCCUUCCUUAAAAUGUUAUAAGGUUCUUUCUUGCUUCUUUACUGCCCCAACAAACCAAACCACUUGAUAAUGGAAAAAAAGUGAUGGGAAAACAUUUGUUUAGUUCUCUGUCCUCACACUUUUAUGUGUCCUUGUUUCUUCCAUUGGUCAAGUACUUCUAACAUCAUUAUUUCGUACAUGUGAUCCAGCCCUCUGAAAGGCUAGCCAGUGCUUUACUGAUGGGGUCUCUUAAUUUCUUAUUAUAACUAUUAUCCUUGUCCAGUGAGUGGGAUUAAGCUAGUGAUUGUCAUUAAGUAGUGAAAUUUAAGUAGAUACUUUGUUUUCUCAUUUAAGUAGAAAAGCAGUGAUAUUAAGAUUACUAAUGUGGCAUUUGUGCAGCUUCAACACACGCACUGUGGACAUGUCAACAGGCACAUCUGUACAAAAUAAAACCAAACAAAAAAAAACAAAAAAACUCUUAGUUGGUUUGUGUAAUGCCAAGUUUGUUUUCGAUGUUUUGAUGAGUUUCCUACUCACAUUGGCCUGUGAUUCAUUCAACUUCCACAGUAUCCUUGACAGGGAUGUGCAUAUUGUGGGACUAGCAUGCAUUUAUAAUGUAAGAUUCAAUUCUUAUGUGGAAUGCUUAGCGAAAUUGUUAGCACAUAUUGUCAACUUAAUCUUUUACUACAUAUGUACAAUGAAAUCAAUUCUUACUUCAAUUUACUUUCUAUUGAUUAAUCAUUUGCGUCACAGGAAUUCUGUCUCUGAAAAUGGGACAAACAUAGUACAAUAGUAAAUCAGACAGGAGCAAGACAGAAAAUUUGUCAAAUUUAUGGCGUGUUGGUCUGUGUGAUCAUUAUGGCUCUUUGAAAUAACUCAGAUCAAGUGACAUUUCUUAUGAUUUGGACUAUGGAAGUGCUAUCUAGUUUUCUCAUAUGUGUGUCGGUAUUUGGUACAAAUCUGAAAUAUCUAUCUUGUUUCCAGUUCCAGAAAUUUAUGAGUAGUAGCAACUCUAGUUAUGUUAGACACAAAAUAAUGUUGUGAGAUAUUUUGUGUCAUAGAGCAAAAAUGUAUGUGCUUUCUUUUUAAAUUUUAUCAAGAGUGUUGCAUCUUCGUGUUAAUUCUAUGUAUUUUAUUGUUGAUGUUUGUAUUGAAUUUAUUGUAUUGGGUUCAUGAACAAAGUAAUUGGUCUGUUAUGUUGUAUUGUAUGGUCCUGUUGAUGAGAGGGAUCUUUGUCGGUUGAGAUGCAUGGUGCAUUGUGUGCACUUACUUUACAAAAAUUUAAUCAAGGAUUUACUAGUUAAAAUGUUACCAGUCUUUUUCAAUCAUUUUUAGUUUUCUUAGGCUCAAGUGACAAAUAGACACAGUACAAUUUCAAAGUAACAGAUAUCUAAUUAUUUCUCUCUGUCUGUUUCAUACGAAAAUCAAAGAUUUAUGCCAAAAGUGUGGUUCAAUUACUUCUCUACCGUAUCCGUGUGUUUAUGACAAAUCUGUUAAGUUUCUCCUAGUCCUGUUUGGAGUACAUAGUUCUCCACUCAAAUCAAUCAUCAAUUGUUGCCCAGGUCUUAGAAAUAGACCCCCCUUCUUGAGAAAAAACAAAACAUUAUGUAUUUGCUGCCUUAAGUGAAGGUGUGACUUGUAAGUUGAGUAUUAUUUCAUAACUUAGUAGGAGUCAACUUUGCUAUGGUUUUUCUUAUCUGGUAUGAGGACUCUAUCCUCCUUUUAUUUUCAGGUGUUGGGUGGAACGUGUUAUGAAUCUCAUAAAAUUGGACCUGAUAGAGUUGAUUGUAUUCAAGUUAAGUGGCUGCUUGAUAUGAAAUGAAUGGAAAAAAUAACAGUUUUUUACUGUACAGCGAGGUCAUUUAAUUUCUUACUCUCACAUUGUAAUGUACUCCCACUGAAAUAUAUGCAUCCUCAUGUACCCCUUAUUUUCCUGUUUAACCAUAUCAGCAUGUCUGGCGUUUAUCCCCGACAUGCAUAUUUUUAUAUUAUUGAGUGUUAUGCAGCUAUGAAUAUUAACAUUUAAAGUUAACUUUCAGAAACAGGCCAGAAGGCUCAUAGUCAUCAGAAUGCAUUUUUGAAAACGCCAAAACAUUUCUGCGCCUUUAUGUAUUUAUUGUGGAAACUUGCGUGUGGUGGAGCAACAUGAAUCAGCUAUGGACCAACAAUACAUUUAAGUAUAAAAAUUUUGGUGUUCACUAAACCUACUGUUCAACUAAUGUGCAAGACCAGAAACCACUGUUACUUACUUGGUACUAAAGCAACUGCCAAAAUAAAAUCCAAAUUUCAUACUGUUAUACAGUAGUAAGUGAUAUUGAAUCAAGGGAAAAAAAUUGCUUUCAUUCUUGUGUGUUCUUAGUAUUUCAAUUAUUCCCUUCACAAUUCUAAUGAAUAUGUACAUAGUUUAUGAUGUGUGUUACCAUAUAUUUAAUUAUUACAGGUUGCAUAUUAAUCUUGAAAAUAAUUGCAUUUGUGCUGUUAUCAAGAAUUAAUUCCCAAAUCAUUAUUGUUUUUUCUUCUAUUUACAAAAAAAAAAGAAGUAUAAUAUAAGCAUUGAAAGAUAGGAAAUGAAAGGGGAAAAAUGAUCUAGUUUUGGGUGCCUCAGUUGGCUGUGGAAGUAUUUGAUGUUGUACGUUGGUUUGCCCGUUUGCCCAAUCUAAUGCAGUGUGGGUGCAGGUGCUCUAUCACGCUUAUGUCCCGAUUUUUAAGUGCCCUCCCUUGUAGAGACUAGCAAUUUGAAUCUCCCUGUCUAUGUUUGAUGGAAAAAUGAACUAUAAGUUACAAUAGUGCACUCCCAAAUUUGGAAAAUCGUUUUUAUUUCAAGCUUAUGAAAAUUUUUAUGACAGAUGACCGUUUGUUCAUGGUAUCACCAAAAAUUGGCAGGGCUUACCUUAGUAUUAAGAUGAUUUGGUGCAAAAGGAAGGUUGUAGGAAACAACUAGGAAUUGAUAUGGAGUGGAGUUCCAGGGCUCAAUGAAUCAUUUACUGAUAAAAUGUGUAUUUUUGUAUGCUUAUCUAUGAAUGGUUAGAACAUUAUACGAGAUUAGCUAUUUAUUUUAUGUGUGCAACAAGUUGCUGGAUGUAAGGCUCCAAACCAAAGUUACUUUGCCAUAUUCUAGGAAUGUGUGUGAAUAAUCACCCCUGGUAAGUUAUGAGUUGCAGAAAACAGAGGCUGUGUGAGGCAUAAUGCUCCAAUAUUUCUAGAACUGUUCAUUUUGUUGGUAUUUCAUUUCUGCCACAUUUUUAGUUAUUGACUAGCUUUAUAUACUUUAAGUUUAAUUAAAUAUUAUUAUGAUAGGAGUUUGAUAUGGUGUUACAGUAGCAGGCUAGUAAAAUAGUGGGACUGAAAGUUUAUUUUUAUCAGUAUGCAUUUUCCCCACAUAAAAUACAAACAACAAACCUAUUGCUGUGGUUUUUGAACCAAGAAUAAGAUGUGAUAGAUGGUCCUCAUCAGUACAAAAGCAGUUGACUCUCUGUUUUACAGAAACAUGGCCCAUCCAAUAGUCAUGUGUGAAAUAGUGAAGACCAUUAAUGCACCAUUACUCUAAGUCAAGAUCUCUUUUCAUGUUAGCUGUUUGUGCCGCAAAGGAAGUAUGUAGGGCCUUCUUCUGGGAGUAUCUAUGACUUCAUUUAGUCAUACAACUUUUUCAUUGUUUUUAUUUUCUUUUAAAUACAGGCAACCUUGGAGGCUUUUCUGUUAUUUGAGAUUGGGUCACUAAUUUUAAUUUUGGGUAUCUUUGUGAGCAUGUUGAUCAUGUAGACCCAACUUGUCACAUAAUAUUAACAUAUUGUUACGAACUGGUUCAAAAGUAUUUUUGAUUUGGUGAUUGUGUAACUAUGUCGUCCAUCUGCUUGUUUGAUUCUUUUUUUUUUUUUUCAAUCUUUAGGCACAGGUUGUGCACCUGUCUAUCUGUGCAAAAUUUUUCUUAUAUAUACUGUAUGGUGUGAACACAGUCAAUUAAGUGAAUAAAGUUGAUACUGAAGA